CACUUGCUUAAACCAGCCAUUUGGGAUGAGGCUGAUAACAGUCACCUAUUAAAACCAGCCAUUUGGGAUGAGGCUGAUAACAGUCACUUGCUAAAACCAGCCAUUUGGGAUGAGGCUGAUAACAGUCACCUAUUAAAACAAGCAAUUUGGGAUGAGGCUGAUAACAGUCACCUAUUAAAACCAGCCCUCUGGGAUGAAGCAGAUAACCGUCACUUGCUCAAACCAGCCAUUUGGGAUGAGGCUGAUAACAGUCACUUGCUUAAACCAGCCAUUUGGGAUGAGGCUGAUAACAGUCACCUAUUAAAACCAGCCAUUUGGGAUGAGGCUGAUAACAGUCAUCUGUUAAAACCAGCCAUUUGGGAUGAAGCAGAUAAUAGUCACUUAUUAAAACCUGCAAGUGCAUGGAAUAAUGAUAAGAAAAAACGACAAAUAUAA